CCCACCCCGCAUAAUUACAUCCACACGAGCGUGAAAGUUGUUUGAGUUGGCGUCAAUCAACAACGCAAGAAACUCCACCGUGACCACCUCAACUUAGUUGGUGAUCAGAAUAAGUUCCACUGCGAAUAAUUAUGAUGAUAUAUCGUUGACUAAGAAGACUCGUGAUAUGUAGUUUAUUAACUUACUGAGGUUGGACUGCUUCCUUCUUUGACAAAAGUGCUGCAAUUGCUCAGUAUCGUCACAAAGGAACUCUGCUGGCUGGCUAGCUAGCUAACUCGCACGAGCAAAGAAGAUCCAUUUAACUAUUUCUUAGGCAUAGCCCAGUUAGAACACUAUUUAGCUAGCUACCCAUUAAAAACACGCACUGACUUGAAUAGUUAUCAACGUGAAGUAGCUAAGAUCUCAGAGGGAACAGGUAGCCGCUGUUUUAGCUUGAGUGAGAACUCCCCAGUCAAGUUCUAGAAGUUGGGUAUUCUAGCAUUUACCAGAAAUCCAACGAGAGCUAACUAAAACCUUGAGUUGCAGCCGUCUUGGGAAGAUGUCUUGCCGAAGCGGAGUCAGCCAGACCCGGGGAGACACUUCUGGUCCACAGCCUUUGAGAGCAACAGUUCCAUUCCAGCUGCACAGCAAAGCACAGACCAGCUUGAAAAAUGGCAAGUCCGAGAAGAAGACCAAAGUGCGACAGGUGACCCCUGGGAUGCGGCGGACACUCUCUCUGGAUGCCAUUGUGGGCCCUUACCUGCAGGGCCACUGGCCCAAAGAGCCAGAGGGCCAGGCAGGCCUCUGCAGGAAGAACCAAUCAACCCAGACGCCUGACUCGUGGUCAGACGAGGCUUCGAUCAGGAAAGGCAGCGAGGGGCACAAACGCUCUGCAUCGUGGGGCAGUGCUGAGCACCUACAGGAGUUUGCCAAGCUGAAACACCUGCUGCAAAGGUCCGAAAAGGUCCGCCACCACUACCUUCAAGGCAGCUACUCCCCAGGCACCACACAGCCUAUCCCACCCACCCCCCUGUACAAGCUAACCCCUCGUCUGCGCCGCAGCGUGGAGGGCCUCAACCAGGAGCUGGAGGGCAUGUUCGUGUGCCAGCCGCCCCACCACCAGUGCUGGAUUCUGGAGGUUCCUGACGGCCACAGGGCUCCAGUUCCACCACUGAGCUGCAGCAGUGGCUCCCAGAGCGACCCCUCCACCACGCCCCUCUCCCCCACACCCUCACCCUGCUCCUCUUUCUCCCCCUCUUCUGUAGAAGACCUACCUGUGAAUCAGGACCCAGGUGUGGCGGAGGGUGCAGAGCUGUGUCUCCUGUCAUCCCAGGGUGGGUGGGAGCCAUCCCCCUUGCUGCUCUCCUCCUCGCCCCGGCCCAACAAGAGCUACUGCUUCCAGAGGGAGCCCCCCGAGGGCUGCGAGAAGGUCCGCGUGUGUGAGGAGACCAGCUUUCCACACCUAGCCCAGUCCUCGCUCCUCUUCUCCUCCUGCCCCGACCCCAACAAGGUGAACUUCACCCCCCACGGCGUCUCUGCAUUCUGCCCGGUCAGCCUGCUCAAGCCCCUGCUCCCAUCCAUGGACCUGCUGUUCCGCAGCCUGGCUGUGGCCCCAGCCACGGGCUGCUCUGGCCAGGGUGCAGACCCCUACCAGGCCCCCUCGCCUGGGUACCUGGGGCCUCACCCCGACUCGGUCACCACUGCCAUGUAAAAGAGGCUACGUUAAAGGGGGAAAUGUCAAGGCAGCGGUAUGUUUUGAAAACUACAUUACACAUCAUGAGGACUUCUUGGUUACUCUCCCCAGCCUUGUUGAUUGUGGCCCCCCCCCAAAUUAAACACAAUGUUUCAAAGUGCUCGAAGACAGCCUUUUUACCAACCAUGCUCCAGUUUAGUAAGAGUUUACAAACUUGUUACUGUUGACCAAAAAUGUCAGGGAAUAUUUUUUGGACAGUAGUGGCUUCCAUUUUCAUUUCUCUUGUCUUCAUCAUAGCUUUUUUAAAGUGUCAUUGGCUGUGCUCUGACUUUUUUUUUCUUUUUUUUCCCCUUAUCCGUAUUGAAAAGACAUGACACACCAGCUGACUUUUGGCCUUUAACCUUGGGUGCCAACCACAGUCGCUGCCACAUUGAAAGUGGUCUGAAAUGUAUUAACUUGUGGACCAAUAGCCACUGAGAGGCAAGCAUACUUUUAUAAAAGGAUCAAUUUAUUUGGUCAUUUUUGUUAGAAAAGAAAAUGUAAAAAAAAAUAACAUGAAGAAGAAAUAGACAAUGUGUGAGGUUAUGUUAUUUGCUUGAAUCAGUCCCCAAGAUGACAUUUGCUUUUUUAGAACAGAUCGGUCCAUAAGGGUUUCGAAUCGGAACAUAAUUAGAUUUUCUAUGUUAGGAUGGUACAUAUAACACUGCGAGUCAUUGGCUUGUCAAUGGCUAUAGUCAUUUUUGCAACAAUUCUGAUCUUUUGUAUUAAUGUUCAUUAGUCCCUAUCUUAUGAUGCUCAAAAGACACUGCGUUGCUUCAACAUUUGGUAGGAUGGUGUAGGGUAGUCUUGUCGCUUUGACCAAACUACUAACCAUCUUUUAUUCUCUGGAAGAGCAAUGUUUCCUAUGAUUUUUCUAGGGGACGAUGCUUCACCCCUCACUUUAUGCACAUUGAACUCGACAUUGAACUAGUUUUGGAUUUUAGGAGCCUGUUGGCCCACUUCUCUUUUAAUGGUGAUUCAGAUUUUCCCUCUCUUUGUAUGUAAGGUGUCUUGGGAAAGCUUGUACUCUUUGGAAAUGUAAUGUUCUGCUCUGGAUUAGUUUGUGUAUUGUAGAAAAAGGCUGCUGUCAAAUACCAGUUAAUUAUUUAAGUUAUUAGAAAAGGAGGCAAAUGUUCUUCACCAAAAUCUGGUUGCUUUUAGUAUUUAAAUAUAUUUAUAUAGAAUUUUCAAUUGAGAAAAACUUUUUUAACCUUAAAGUAACACACACAUGCAGAUGUAUUUUUUUUCCCCCUUAACCAUCUUAGUGUUCUCAUACAAGGCAUGACAAAUCAGUUUGCCACAUUUGUGUUAAGUGGAACAUAGUGCUCGAUGAAUUAUAUUUUUCUUUCUUGCAUGCUUUUUAAUUAUUUUUCUAAUAGCCUAGUUUUAUAUAGGUAAUAAGAUGAGUCUUGGUGACUUUUCCUUUUUUCCCCUGCUUUUCCUCUUGAUGGUGAAAGAAGACAUUUAUAGAAGUUUGGUGCUAUUUCUGUUAAUGUUUAGUGCCUCUAUUUUUGUUUCAAAUAAGGCGAUGUAUACAUGUUAAUCAGAGCAUAGCUCUUCUAGUUGUGUAUAUAUGUGUAUAGCUCCGUGGGGACUCUUACGACACUGACUACCUAUGUAGUGGUCUAGAGUCAUCUGAUCUCGUUGGUAAAUGUUGAUGAUUUUCUUGAUGUUUAUUUUUUUUCUUCCUCUACCAAGGUUACAAGAUCAAGUUAAUUGAGAAUCUUUGCACAAAGUGACAGCUAUUUCUUUCCAUUUGCAAUUUCUAUUGUUUAUGUUGUACUUUAGAGUAACCUUGUUUUGGUGUAUGAAUGUAUUUUGGUAUAUUUUUCAGUUAUCUGCAACAUAAGCUAAAGAAGGUUC